AUGCAAUGGGAUUUUGCGAUGGAUAACGGAUGCAGAAACGUAUUAUUAGGAGUUAGUGGAAGUGUUGCCGCCUUGAGGACUGAAGAACUGGUGUCCCAUCUUACUCAGGCGAAUUAUAACGUCGUUGUUGUAAUGACAAGUGCGGCCCACCACUUUGUUGAUAAGUCGCGACUUACAGUUCCUGUUUACACCGAUUCCGACGAAUACGGCUGUUGGAGAACACGCGGUGACGACGUACUCCACAUAAAGCUAAAGAACUGGGCUCAAAUAUUUCUCAUUGCACCACUAUCGGCCAAUACUCUCGCAAAAAUCGCCGGCGGACUUUGCGACAAUUUACUAACAUGCAUUGCGCGGGCUUGGUACUUCGAGGAACCGAUUGGUAUUUUCGCCCCUGCAAUGAACUCUGCUAUGUGGAAGAACCCCCUAACAUCAAAGCACGUAGACGUACUUCGCAAUACAUUAAAUUGGCACAUGAUCAACCCUGUUUGCAAGACUCUGGUAUGUGGUGAAUUCGGUGAGGGCGCAAUGGAGGAACCGUUCAAAAUAGUUCAGCACAUUGAGGCACUCUUUCGCCAGAAACUUCAAUGCUUUUAA